CAACAUGCCGCCGCCGCCGCCGCGCAUUUCCCUAAAGCCCACAUGGAGAAGGGGUGGGUAUGGUGACGUCGAUCGGUCAGUCUCCGGAGCUGCUGCCGCCGCCGGUGUGUGUGUACCAUGCUGCGCCCGCUCCCCGGGUCUCUGCCGCUCCUUCUCCUCCUCCUGCUGCUGGCGGCGUUACCGGGGCUGCAGCCUCAGGUGACGGUCAACAGCAAGGUGUCCGCCUGGCUAGGAUCCGACGUGACCCUGAAGUGCACUGCUCGGACCAGGGACACGGUCACGCAGAUCACCUGGCAGCGGAAAAUCAGAGGAAAGACGGAGGAUUUUCUCACUUACAACGAGGGGUCUGAGCCGAGGCGCCUGACGCCAUUCGCGCAGAGAGUGAAGCUAUUGAGUAACGAAUCCGUAGAUGGAUCGAUUAGUAUCCAGAACGUGACGCUUCCAGAUGAGGGGACAUACGUCUGCAUCUUCACCAUAUUCCCGGCCGGAGCGACGGAAGCGGAGAUUGCGUUACAAGUUUGGGUCGCACCAGCUGUCCGUGUGGAGCUGAAGCCAGUGAAUGCAUCUCAGUAUCCAGACACGGUGGCCGAAUGCCUGGUGUCCUCCGCAAAACCAGCGGCGAUGAUCAACUGGAAUACAAGUGGGAUCGAGUAUCGUUCAGCAGAGAACACAACGCGACAGUCGAACGGGACGGUGAAUAGCAGAAGCGAGUUAUAUAUGACGCCCACUCCAGCCCUAUAUGGCCAAGAGGUGGCUUGUCACGUGUAUCAGCCGGACGUCACAUUCACAGAGCAGAGAAAUGUCACCGUCAGAGUCACAUUGACCAAUAUUCAGUAUGCGCCUCUGACUGUGCGUACUGAAGUACAUAGGAGUGAUGGCGGAUUGCUGCAGCUGGCGUGUCAGUGUAAGGCCAUCCCGCCUGCUACAUACAUGUGGAGGAGGGGGAAUGAAUCCAUAGUGGCCGGCAGCAUCAGAGACUUUCAAUCGGGGACUUUGAAUUUAUCCGAGGCGGAUGAUGCAGACGUUAAUGGAUUGUACAUCUGUGAGGCAGCAAAUAUUAUAGGCGUAAAUAUAGGGUCGGUCUAUCUGUACAGAGAGUCUCGUCGUUGCCGUGAGUUACUUCUUCUUCCUUUUUUCUUCUUAUUUUUCAUCAUACUGAGUAUUGUUGUCGGGAUUUGGCUAUUGUAUCGGAAACACGCCAGAGAAUCAUACGAAACAUACACAGAGCAAAAGUUUGUAGAAGGUUCUGAAAGGCUAGGAAACAGACAAUCCAGGGAAGGAUACAGGUCACCUGACAAGCUGCAGACAGAGACUGAAGUUGUGUCUUUAGAGGAACCACAGAUGCGAAAAGAAGUUAUAAGGACAAAAACCGCUCCACCGAGUCAUGGGGAAACUCUCGCAGAAACUGCGAGCAAAUUACAAUGAAACUAUGGCCAGAUACCACACAACUAUGUGGACACGCAAAUAUCACUACGACAUGCUGGUGCAUUGAUCUACCAGAAGAAGCUUUGACCAAAUGAGCCCUGUACAAUGGCCCUCAUUCCGAGUUGAUCGGUCGCAAGGCGAUUUUAGCAGAGUUACACACGCUAAGCCGCCGCCUACUGGGAGUGAAUCUUAGCUUCUUAAAAUUGCGACCGAUGUAUUCGCAAUAUUGCGAUUACACACCUCGUAGCAGUUUUAGAGUAGCUCCACACUUACUCGGCAUCUGCGAUCAGUUCAGUGCUUGUCGUUCCUGGUUUGACGUCACAAACACACCCAGCGUUCGCCCAGACACUCCUCCGUUUCUCCAGCCACUCCUGCGUUUUUUCCGGAAACUGUAGCGUUUUCAUCCACACGCCCCUAAAACGCCGUGUUUCCGCCCAGUAACACCCAUUUCCUGUCAAUCACACUACGAUCGCCGGAGCGAUGAAAAAGCCGUGAGUAAAAAUACUAUCUUCAUUGUAAAAUUACUUGGCGCAGUCGCAGUGCGAAUAUUGCGCAUGCGUACUAAGCGGAUUUUCACUGCGAUGCGAUGAAAAAUACAGAGCGAACGACUCGGAAUGAGGGCCAAUGUACAUCAUUCCCCAUUGUGCAAGAAACAGCUUAUGCUGGGAACGCAGUGGCCGAUAUAUCGCAGGUCCAUCGGCCAGUGUGUUCGAGCAAUAUGACUGAACGCCGUCAUUCAAUUGAUCUGCAGAUAUAUCUACAAGUGUGUACCCAGCAUUAGUCGCUUAUGUUUAUUUAUCAUUCCUUUUCUCUAUCGUCCUUGUGGAUGCUGGGGUUCCUGAAAGGACCAUGGGGAAUAGCGGCUCCGCAGGAGAC